GACACCCAGGAACUACCCCCAUUCAUGGGGGCCACACGAUCACGUUCCCACACCAGCCUACAAGGAAGAGCUGGGGUGUUUAUCCUACCUGUGAACUCACUGUGUGACCCUAGAUAUAUCCGAUUUCUGGCCCAGGCUGUGAUUCUUCCCCUGGAUAAGGAGCCAUCCAGGAAGGGGCUCCUUUCCGGGUUGACCUCCCAGAACCACGAGGAAUCCCAUCAUUCUGAAAUCCUCAUGGCGGAGGAGGGGGCCAUCCUCACCAGGAACCUGAAAGCUGCUGUCUCGGCCAUCCUCCAGGGCUACGGGGGCCCGCAGCGGCCAGUGACAGAUGCCAGUGCUGAGCUGCACACACUCUGUGGCUGCCUGGAGCUGCUCCUGCAGUUUGACCAGAAAGAGCAGAAGAGCUUCCUGAGGCCUCGGAAGGAUUACUGGAACUUCCUCUGCGCCACCCUGUGGCAACAGCGGGGUAGUACGGAGCCGGCCCGCUUCAUCCUCACCCAGGACAAGUCAAAGACACCUCUGGCAAAAGGCCGUGCCUUCAUCCGCUUCUGCCUGGCCCAGGGACAGCUGGCCGAGUCCCUGCAGCUCUGCCUCCUGAACCCAGAGGUCACCAGGGACUGGUAUGGCCCCCGGAGCCCUCUGGUGUGCCCCAAGCUCCGGGAAGACCUCCUGGACUCUCUCUACGCUCUCAAUGGGGUGGCCUUCGACCUGGACCUGCAGUGGCCGAACCUGGAUGAAGCCUGGCCCAUGUUCUCAGAGUCCUGUCACUCCAGUCCCAGACGGACCCAGGGAAGAAGACCCAAAAAGACCAAAGAUUCCCCAAAGCAGAUCCCAGCCACAUAUGGAGACCCCACAGGAGCCCAGCCAGAAGAGCCACACACUAGCCAAGCUGGUCUGCAAGCUGCGCCCAGGGAAGACGGGUUAGCUGGACUUCCCGGGGCCUGGCAACACAGGCAUCUUCUUCCCUUCGUGGAAAAGAAGAGAGAAGAUCCCAAGAGCCUCGGGGCCCCACGGAGCACGUGGGAACCAGAGGGGAAGGAGCUUCAGCCAGCCCAGGAGAAGGGAGCCCCAAGAACUGGGGUCUGCCUGGAGAAUUCAACCCCCAGUAGCCAGGGACAGGGGGAAGGGACCAACAGAGCUCCAAAGGAGGUGAUAGGGACAGAGGCGGAGGGAAGGGGGGUUCUGCCCGGUGCAGAGGGGACCCACAAUGGGGAAACAGAGUGGGGUCAUGUCCACAGGCUGCUGGCCUCCAGCCCCACAGGGACAAUAGAGGACACAAUGUCAGGGAGCUGGCAGGAGUGGGAGGCAUCUAGCGGUCCGGGAAUGCCUGGGGUCCUACCGGACCUGGGAACAAAGGAAAACUCCACCCCAGAGAGACGGCAAGAGGAAAGAGGAGUGACCAGUGUGACCAGGAAGAAGGAGCCGGCAGAGGUGGCCUUGCAGGAUGUGGUCAAGAGCCUGAGACACGAGCUCCGGAAGACCAAGGAGCAGGCCCGGCACCAGGAGCAGCUGCUGAAGGAGCAGGAAGGGGAGCUGAAGACACUGCAGGAGCAGUUCAGCAGGUGUCAGGAGGAGAGGGCCCAGCUGCAGACGGAGCUUGAACAGAAGCAGCAGGAGGCUGAGAGGAGGAACGCCAUGUAUGAGGAGGAGCUCGGAGGGCAGCGGGACCUGGUCCGCGCCAUGAAGAUGAGGGUGCUGGAGCUGAUUCAAGAGAAGGAUGACCUGUGGCAGAAAGCCCAGCGUCUGUCUUCCACGGCCCCCGGAUGCUGUGUGGACUGCAGUAAGAUCUUUGGCCGACUGUCUCGGCGAUACCCGUGCAGGCUCUGCGGAGGCCUGGUUUGCCAUGCCUGCUCUGUGGAUUACAAGAAGAGAGAACACCGCUGCCCACCCUGCUCUGAGAAGGGAGAAGCUCAAUCCAGCUGA